AUGACUGGAGCACCUCCAAGCUUUUGUUUUGUGGCCUUUCCACCCCAUACAAAAAACAGCUGCAUUUUGUUUGGGAAGAACUCAGCACGUCCCAGAGAUGAAGUCCAAGAAGUGCUCUAUGUGCCACCCAAAAGCCAUGAUCCUGGAAGCAAAGUUCAGUGCACAUACCUUGAAACUGACCAGGUUGCCCAGACUCAUUCUGUAAUACUGAGUAAACCAGCUUGGAUGUGGGGUGCUGAGAUGGGAGCCAAUGAACAUGGAGUUUGCAUUGGAAAUGUAGCUGUUACCACAAGACAGGAUGCUGAGGGUUCCAAGUUAUUGCUGGCGAUGGACCUGGUCAGGCUUGGCCUUGAACGUGGGACAAAUGCCAAAGAGGCUCUUCAAGCAAUAGUGUCUUUACUAGAGAAGCAUGGCCAAGGGGGAAGCUACUUCCAGACUGAUGAUCAGGGAUUCCAAAGUGCCUUUCUCAUUGUGGAUCGCUCAGAGGCCUGGUUACUGGAGACAGUGGGCACAUUUUGGGCAGCUGAAAAAAUUACAGAUGGUGUAAGAUGUAUCUGCAACCAUUUAUCACUAAAGACACAGCUAGACCUGGAACACCCAGAGCUUCGGAGUUAUGCAAAAAGCCAGGGCUGGUGGAGUGAAGAUACAGAAUUUAACUUCUCUGAAGCCUUUUCAGAAGGUGAUAUUGGAGAUCGUUGUUCAGGGAAGAAGACCUUAGAGAAUCAGGAUGAACUGACGGUGGAAUCAGCGAUAAAUAUCCUUCGUAAUAAAAGUUGUGGAAAUUGUGUGGACUCCGAUACCUUCCUGACUACAGCGAGUUCAGUGUCUGUUCUACCUCAGGAUGAGAAAUGGCCUUGUAUCCACUUCCUCACUGGCACACCGGACCCCUCAAGGUCAGUAUUUAAACCCUUUAUAUUUGUGGAAGACGUGAAAGCAGUCCCGAAGGUUCAGUCAUCUUGUGCUGGGGAUUGUCAUCAUGAACAUUCAGAAUAUAAACAUGAACUGUAUGAAGCUCAUCAGUGUGCUGUAGCUUUAAUGGACAAUGACAAGGAAGCAGGAGAUAAACUUCUGUGCACGAUGUUAGAUCUGGAGAAACAAGGUUUAGAUGCCAUGGAAGACAUUCUUAAUAGUUCCGAUCCAUUAGACCCUGCGGAAGUAGUAGAUCUUUUCUAUGAUUGCGUUGACACAGAAAUCAAGUUCUACAAAUGAGAUAUCACGGACAUAAUCCUGCAGACAGAAGAGCACGUGACAUGUUAAGGCUUCCCCACGUGGCCAUGUGGAUGACUCUGCUGUCCCCUGUGUAGCUAUGUGUCACUGGUAUUGUGUGUUUGUACAGGGAACAGGAUCAACCUCCAAUGCUCAGUGCAUGUAGAUUAACAGAGCUCACUAUGUGUCUAACCAACAAUGGAUCAUCUGAAAAGAUCACACCUGACAUAUUCUAUUAAAAGUCAUUUAGUUGAAGGCUAGUUAGAACCAUAUAAAGGUGAGA